AUGAGUAGCUCUGAUGCUCCGUCGCAUAACGUCUUCGUUUACGGUAGUAUUCUGGAACCUGCCGUCGCCGCCGUGAUCCUUGACCGCACCCCCGAUACCGUUCCCGCCAUUCUCCAUGGCUAUCACAGGUACAAACUCAAAGGACGUUCUCAUCCUUGUAUUGUCCCUCUGGAGUCGGGAAAAGUGAACGGAUUGGUUAUUACAGGAGUAUCAGAUGCUGAACUCAACAAGUUCGAUGUGAGUGAAGGUAAUCUUUACGAGAGAGUCACUGUUGAAGUUGUACGGACGGACAAUUCUGAGAAGAUGAAAGCGGAAACUUAUGUGUGGGUGAAUAAAGAUGAUCCUGCUUUGUAUGGAGAAUGGGAUUUUGAGGAAUGGAGAGUGAAAUAUGCGGAUAAAUUCGUGGAGACGUUUAGGAAAAUUCUGGAAUGGCAGAAGAAUCCAAAUGGGCAGAGAUUAGAAGAUGUUGUAGAUCCAUCUAUAUUUUUUGAGGAUGGUGAUUCUUGA